AGCUCUUUCCGGAACGUUGGACCCCAGUGCUCCACAGCGAUGUUUCAUAUCAAGUCUUGAAUGGACGGUAGUGUUGAACGGGAUUAUCAACGUUUAGUUCGACUUGCUUUGCACAGCAGUGAUCGCGCGGAUGCACAGUGUUUAUAACUUGUGCGCACUUUCACAAUGAAAAAGACCCGUACCUACAGCUUUUUGUCAGUAUUCUCCUUCUUUGUCGUUUGUGCAUUCGUGUUAACGUUUUUAUUUUUUGUAUUUUACUCAAUGAUGUACGCACCAUAAGCUCGGCAACCUUCGUGUUUUAAAUUCGGUUGACGUCUAUACCCAUGAUGCACUGUAUUGUGGUGCCUUGCGUAAUCACGUGACCAAAGGAAUACGGAAGCGAGGAUCUCCAAGCCAUAAAGUGUCUUGAUGGCGGCAUCCAACUCUGCAGAGCUCAAGCUGCAGUUUGCACCCUUCAGUAGCGCGCUGGAGGCAGGCUUCUGGCAUCAGCUCACGGAGCGAAAACUCAAUGACUACAGGCUGGACGAGAGUCCCAAAUGCAUCAAGGGGUACUACUACAAUGGUGAUCCAGUUGGUUUGCCCACCCGUCUGACCUUGGAAUUCAGUGCGUUUGAUGUAGAUGGGUCCACACCUGCCCAUUGUUGUGAGGCUGUUGGGAAACUGUACAACACCAACACGCUGGAUGCCUUCAAGAGUACUGACAAGAAGGCCUUGCUGGACAGAGAGUCCGAGGAGCUUUGGGCUGCCAUACAGUCCGGAGAUGCGCUCACAGACCCGAGGAUCCUCUGCCGGUUUAUUCUGCUGACAUUUGCGGAUUUGAAGAAGUACCAUUUCUACUACUGGUUCUGCUUCCCCGCUCUCUGCUUCCCAGAGGGUAUAAAGCUCAUAAAGGAGCCUUCUGUCUUGUCAACGGUUUUCACAGCAAAACAGAUCUCAGCUUUGCAGGAGGCCUAUGAUGGCCUGUGUAUCAAAGGCAGCACCACUGCGGUUCCCUAUUUCCUAAUGAAGUAUACGGAUGACGCCGUUCACUUGGCCCCAUUAGCAGAGUGGGGGACGUUCUUCGCUGGCACGCAAAAGGUCGCUGUGGGUGUGUAUGACCCGUGUACUCUGUCUCAACAUCCAGGAUGGCCUCUGAGGAAUCUACUGGUCCUCUUAGCCAGCCAGCGGGGUGCAAAGGUGGACACAGUCGAGGUGCUAUGUUUUAGGGACAGAACCCUACAGGGAAGCCGCUCCAUUCAACACAGCGUCGUUUUUCACGUCAAACUACCUGAACUUCCAUCUGACUCUGCAUGUCCUAAGAGUGUUGGUUGGGAGAAGAACGCCAAGGGAGCGAUGGGACCCCGAAUGGUCAACCUCAGUGAAUGUAUGGACCCCAAAAGACUUGCCGAGUCAUCAGUCGAUCUUAAUCUGAAACUGAUGCGAUGGAGAUUGGUCCCUUCAUUGGACCUGGACAAAGUAGUCAGCACCAAGUGUCUCCUGUUGGGAGCAGGAACAUUGGGCUGCAAUGUGGCCAGGACACUGAUGGGUUGGGGAGUGAGACGCAUCACCUUUGUGGACAAUGCAAAGAUCUCCUACUCCAAUCCGGUACGGCAGCCUCUCUAUGAGUUUGAAGAUUGUCUCGGAGGUGGAAAAGCCAAAGCCAUAGCCGCCGUCGAGCGACUCACCAAAAUCUUUCCUGGUGUGAACGCAGAGGGCUUCAACAUGAGCAUUCCCAUGCCGGGCCACCCGGUGAAUUUCUCCCAAGCCACUCUGGCCCAGGCGCAAAAAGAUGUGGAGCAGCUGGAGAAGCUCAUCUCGGAACACGAUGUGGUCUUCUUACUAAUGGACACAAGAGAGAGCCGCUGGCUGCCCACCGUUAUCGCUGCGAGUAAGAGGAAGCUGGUGGUCAACGCCGCUCUGGGCUUCGACACAUUCGUGGUGAUGCGCCACGGUCUGAAGAAGGCUCGCCAAAAUGUCAGUGGCGACGCGGACUCCUCACCUUCCUGUUCAUCCGCGUCCUCUUCGUCUUCCACGCCAGCUGGCUCGGCGUCCUCUGUCCCGACGUCUUCCCUGUUCUCCAACAUUCCCGGACACAAGCUUGGCUGCUACUUCUGCAAUGAUGUUGUGGCACCAGGAGAUUCAACCCGGGAUCGGACUCUGGACCAGCAGUGCACUGUAAGCCGACCAGGCCUGGCUAUGAUUGCAGGAGCCCUGGCAGUGGAGAUCAUGGUGUCCAUUUUGCAGCAUAGUGAAGGAGGCUAUGCGGUUGCCAGUAGCAGUGAUGACCGAAUGAAUGAACCUCCAACGUCGCUGGGCCUUGUUCCUCAUCAGAUCCGCGGCUUCCUCUCCAGGUUCGACAACGUCCUGCCCGCCAGCCUGGCCUUCGACAAGUGCACCGCCUGCUCGCCUGUUGUCCUGGACCACUACGAAAAAGAAGGCUUCCACUUCCUGUCCAAGGUGUUUAAUUCUUCACACUCCUUUCUUGAGGACCUUACAGGAUUGACAUUGUUACACCAAGAGACCCAGGCGGCGGAGAUUUGGGAUAUGAGUGAUGACGAGAGCAUCUGAGGAACCAAAAAUCUUGAGAUUUGGAACAUCACAGCCAUCAUGUUUCACGUCAGACCUGCACAUCACAAACGAAUACAGGAAGCGUUUUGAGGUGAAAAGACCAAAACAUCUUCUGACAAGUUUCCACUAACUGUUAUUCCCACAUAAUUUCUAACCUUGAAUGUACAAUUUUUGGUGUUUUGAUAGUUAAUAUGUGACCUUCACACACUGAAUGUUCACUUAUGUUUCAUGGUUUUUGAAAACAACAGGUCUAAAACAAAUUGUGUAGUCAUCAAAUGGUGUUUACUUGGUCACGGUAUUAUUUUCAUGUGCAAUAAAACAAAUAUUGACACUUCUGUACUCAUUACACAUUGAAUGUCAUUUGAUUGUAGUAAUUACUUUCAUCAGUGUGUAAUCAACUAAAUACUGGAGCAAAACUAAAUAAAAGGUGUCUUUUGUAUCUCGA